GUUUUUCGUUCUUUUUUCGGGCAACAUUGUGCUCUACGAUCUCAUUCCAACUUAUUGGCGCUGGAUGUACUGGUGCAACCCGCUCACGUGGGCGCUCCGCUCCAUCAUGCUCAACGAGUACAGCAGCACACGCUACUCGCCGGACGAACGCGCUGACAACCUCGACAUGUUUGAGAUCCACCAAGACAACGCGUACAUUGGGUACGGCCUCCUCCUUCUCUUUGGCUACUACCUUCUUUUUACGACGCUGAACGCCCUCGCGCUGCACUUUAUUCGGUUUGAUACGCAAGUGCGCGGGACGGCGCCCCCCAUGGUGCCCAAAGCCGGCUCGGCGACCGCGCUCACGAUCGACACCACGCCGACGCAGCUCCCGUUCUAUCCCGCGCGCAUUGCCGUCCGCGACUUGGACUACUUUGUGAAGAUGCCGUCGGGCGACGAGCGACAGCUACUGCAGCACAUCACGGCGUCGUUUGAGCCGGGCACGAUGACCGCGCUCAUGGGGUCGUCCGGCGCGGGCAAGACGACCUUCAUGGAUGUUCUCGCGGGUCGCAAGACGGGUGGCCGCAUCGCCGGCGACGUCUUCAUCAACGGCGAGCCCAAGAACCCCGCGACCUUUAGCUGCAUCGCCAGCUACUGCGAGCAGAUGGACAUCCACUCGGAGAAGUCGACGAUCCGCGAGGCGCUCGAGUUUUCAGCGUUUCUGCGGCUGCCGCAGACGUUCGAGUUGGAUGCCAAGCUCAGCUUGGUGCGCGAGACAUUGACGCUCCUCGAGCUCGACAAGAUCGCCCACGAACGCGUUCUGAACCUCAGCGUCGAACAGAAGAAGCGCGUCACGAUCGGUGUCGAGGUCGUCGCCAACCCGAGCAUCUUGUUUUUGGACGAACCUACCUCGGGGUUGGACGCUCGCUCAGCGCAGUUUGUCAUGCGCGGUGUCCAGUCGAUCGCACGCACGGGCCGCACGGUCAUUUGCACGAUCCAUCAGCCCAGUAUCCAGAUCUUCGAGCUCUUUGACUCGCUUCUCUUGCUGCAAAAAGGAGGUCGCAUCGCGUUCUACGGCGAGCUCGGCGGCGAUUCGCAAAAGCUGCUCGAGUAUUUUCAUUCGAUCCCGGGGACCGAGAAGAUCCAGCCGCUCUACAACCCUGCGACGUACAUGCUCGAGGUCAUUGGCGCCGGCGUCGGCCGCAAGGACAUUCAAAACUACGCCGACGUCUAUGCGAGCAGCGACCUCUGCGCGGCGAACCGCGACAAAGUCGAGAAGCACCUUGCGCCGUCAUCGGAACUGGUCAUGUUUUCGACCCUCAAGUUCCAGCCGAUCGCGACGAGCCUAUGGAACCAGACGCGCUGGCUCACGCACCGGGCUGUGCUCAUGUACUGGCGGUCGCCCGCCUACAACUUUGUGCGACUCGUAUCGUACCCGGUCUUUGCCGUCAUCUUUGGCAGCACGUUCUACCAGCUGCCGUUUGGCACUAUGGCGCACGUGACGUCGCAUGUCGGACUGAUUUACAAUGUGAUGGACUUUAUCGGCGUCAUCAACAUGAUGACUGUGCUCGACAUGGCGAGCACGGAGCGCCCAGUGUUUUACCGCGAGCGCAUGUCCAACUACUACAGUCCGCUGCCCUACACACUCUCGAUGCUCUUGGCCGAGAUCCCGUACCUCGUGGUCGUCAACCUCAGCUUUGUCGCGAUCAUCUACUGGCUCGUCGGCUGGUACAAUGAUGCGGCCACCUUCUUUUUCUUCUGGUUCAUCUACUUUGUGUACACCUCCCUGUGUACCUUCAUGGGCAUGUGGAUGGCCGUGCUCAUGCCCAACAUCAAGGUCGCCAACGUCGCUGUCGGCGCGACGUCGUGCAUCUUUAACCUCUUUGGCGGCUUCCUCCUCCCGUUCGUGCGCAUGAAGUGGGGCUACAAGUGGCUGACGUGGAUCAUUCCGUCGAGUUACUCGCUCAACGUCCUUGUCGGACUCGUCAUUGGACGCUGCGAGGAUGGCGUCGGGCCUGGCUGCAAAUCGAUUCUGGUCGGCGGCAAGCCAGCGACGGUCCAGUCGUACGUCGUUUCGAAAUUUGGGUUUGACCCGGCCGAGAUCUACUCGAGCAGCGGCGCGCUUCUUCUCGAGUGGGCGCUCAUCCAAGUGCUUAUCUACCUGACAUUGCGCUUUCUGUGCCACCUAAAACGCUAGAUUCAUUAACUACAACCGCGCAUACACCAUUGCUGGGUUUCAUGUGCCGUUGCGCCACCACAGUGGGUCGGAG